AUGGCAUCAAAUUCAAAAGAAAAGAAGCCCGGCCGCAUCACUAUCGCUUGUAAUGCGUGUCGGUCGCGGAAGCAGAAGUGCAGUGGAAAGAAGCCUGUAUGCGAACAGUGUCUCGAAUUUAACAGGCCAUGCAACUGGCCUGAACAGCUUCGGAGAGGCCCAGAGAAAGGAUAUGCAGAAGCACUGGAGAACAGACUCCAGCUCACGGAGAGCAUACUACUAAAUCUUCUGCCCUAUGUCUCAGACGAGCAACUUGCCACCGCACUUCCUCCCCGAGAGGGCAACCAAGAUCGCAGCUCAUCUUAUGUGCCAUUUCCAAGACUCGAAAAGAGAGGAAUAGAUUCUUGGUCGCAAUUACCUCUAGAUACUUCUCAUGGCAUUCGGCGAUGGCAGCAUGCUUAUACCAGCCGCGAAAGGGUUGGCUCGGAAGGGCAUCAGGAUGUACCAAAUCCCAAGAGAAGACGAGUACAUAAUGAGAGCUCUUCCAAGUACAAAGAUUUCCAACCUUUGGCUUCAAUCCCGACCCCAGGACUUGAUGGUGAUUUUGGUGGUGGAUUUCUUGCGCCGUCACUCAAUGUCUCCAACUCGAUUGAGGGAUAUCCGGCUCUGCCAACUGAGACAACCGAGGAGAACAUUCCUUCUCAUACAAUAAGUUCUUGGAAUGGAGCUCCUUCAUCCGAAUUCCAGCGUCAAUUUCUCUGGUAA